CUUGAGUCGUGUCUUCGCAGUGCGCAUGCGCGCGGGACGUGGCGGGGCCUGGGCAGAAGCUGAGCGGAGUGGGGACCGGGAACGAAGCCGAGAAGCCCCGGGACGGAGACCAGAGCACGACUCGGAGACCAGGACACGGAGACCAGCACACGACACAGAGACCAGAACACGGAGACCACAACACGACACAGAGACCAGAACACGGAGACCAGCACACGGAGACCAGCACACGGAGACCAGCACACGACCCGGAGACCAGCACACGACUCGGAGACCAGCACACGACCCGGAGACCAGCACACGGAGACCAGCACACGACCCGGAGACCAGAGCACGGAGACCACAACACGACAUAGAGACCAGCACACGGAGACCAGCACACGACCCGGAGACCAGAGCACGGAGACCAGCACACGACCCGGAGACCAGCACACGGAGACCAGCACACGGAGACCAGCACACGGAGACCAGCACACGGAGACCACAACACGACAUAGAGACCACAACAACGGAGACCAGCACACGACUCGGAGACGAGAACACGACACAGAGACCACAACACGGAGACCACAACACGACCAGGAGACCAGCACACGACCCGGGACGGAGACCAAACCCCGGGCCUGUGAUUAGAACCAGACCCGAACUCGGACUGUAGCCUCUAGGGGGACAGUCCUUCGAGCGGAACCAGAAACGAGGAACCGGAGGCCGACAACGCGGACCCAGAGCCCGAAGCCGGAGGCGACCGGACCUCGAGACCCGGACCCCGACCGAGGACCAGGAGCCAAAGGGAACGAGGAGGGGGAGCCCAGGUGACGUUCCAGGACUUUUCAUUACCCUCGACGGAGCUGAACCACCGCCAACAACGUCCCUGUACCAGCAACGCCAUGACGUGUCGUGACAGAACGCAGGAGUUCAUGGCUACCUGCAAGUCCAUGCAAACGAGACAGAACGGCAUCCAGGUGAACAGGCCGCUGGCCAAUGCUGUGCGGCAGAGAAGCGAGUUCACCCUAAUGGCCAAGAGGAUAGGCAAAGACUUGAGCAGUACAUUUGCCAAACUGGAGAAGCUGACUCUGCUCGCGAAGAGGAGGUCCCUGUUUGAUGACAAAGCAGUGGAGAUCGAGGAGCUGACGUACAUCAUCAAGCAGGACAUAAACAGCCUGAACAAGCAGAUCGCACAGCUACAGGAGUUUGUGCGCGCCAAGGGGACGCAGAAUGGACGACAUAUGCAAACGCACUCCAGCACCGUUGUGGUGUCAUUGCAGUCCAGGCUGGCGUCCAUGUCAAAUGAGUUCAAGAACGUGCUGGAAGUCAGGACAGAGAACCUCAAGCAGCAGCGGAGUCGACGGGAGCAGUUCUCUCAAACCACCAUCUCCACGCUGCCCCCGCCCAUCGCUAAUGGCCAUGCGGGGUCAGUGCUGAUGCAGGACGGCGCGCGCAGUGCAGCUGGGGGGGGCGAUGUGGCCAUCAACAUGGACGCGCGGCAACAGCAGCAGCUGCAGCUGGUGGAUGAGCAGGACUCCUACAUUCAGAGCCGCGCGGAUGCCAUGCAGAACAUCGAGUCGACUAUUGUGGAGCUGGGCACCAUCUUCCAACAGCUGGCACACAUGGUUAAAGAGCAGGAGGAGCAGAUACAGAGGAUUGACUCCAACGUGGAGGACACACAGCUGAAUGUUGAGGCCGCUCACUCCGAGAUUCUCAAGUACUUCCAGUCCGUCACCUCCAACCGCUGGCUCAUGGUCAAGGUCUUCUUCAUCCUCAUCGUCUUCUUCAUUAUCUUCGUUGUCUUUCUGGCAUAGGAUGGGUCCCGGGAGGCACCCACCGGCUUCUUCUGGUUCCUUACGGCCUCACCGAUCCCCCCAGCAUUCGCGUUGCCACGCCAUCUCCUCUCCCCUGCGCCAUGUUUUGUGCCCUUGGGUUUGUGGGAGUGAGCGACUGUCAAACAUCUCUCCCUUUUGGAAUGUAAACAAAGCCACAGCCCGAUGGGGGGAAAAGGCCACCCAACACCCCCCCACGUGGAUGGUCUCUGUAGCUUCUGGGCCGUGUUGGCUUCUCUCCUGUGGGUGGAGUUAUUAUUCCAGGUGGUUCCACAGCCAAGGAUGCCUCGUUGAGCGAUGAGCGAGGUAUUCAGGCGCUUGGGAAGCGUUGACGAGAAGAGUGGCCGUGCGGUGGCGCUCGGUGAAAGCACUUUGUACUCACGCCUGGAUGAGUGUGUACGGUUCUGAGCAGAGCUCGGGUCACGCGUGCUCGCAUAAGGGAAUGUCAGGGUAGGAUUUUUAGGGUUCUCAACACGUCUCGUGUAAGCUGAGCUCAUUAGGACAGGCAUCUUAGUUUUCUUAGGGUUCAGAGCAAAGGUGGUGGUUACCUCUCCGCUCCUUGGGUCCCAUGAAGCCGUAAACCCAGGGGGAGGCCUGGCAACAGUUUUUCUUAGUCCCGACUUGUAAAAAGGAGUAAAUAAAUGAACGUUGUGUAUGUGAGCGCAGAAAUAUACGUCCUUUAGGUGUGUGUGUUUGGAGACCACGUUGGCUUUACGGGAGCAGCUGUAGCAUUAGGCCUGGCCCAAGGGGGUGGUCACCACUGUCCCCUGAAUGAUCAUGAGUCCUGUGUCCAGCUCCGACACAAGUCACUCUUUGUUCAUCUGCAUCUCUCAGUGUACAUUUCCGUCAGGAGGGUGAGCACCCUCGUCAUUACAGUGCGAGGUUGGGUUACAGAUAAAAUGGGCCGGGUUUAGGGAUGUUACUCUGAAGACUGCAUAAAUACCUUGCGUGGAAAUGUUUGUUAUAUUUAUCGGAGAUAAAAACUCAGAAAAUGUCACGCAAGAUGAUUUAUGCAGCUGACCAGCAGCCAUCUUACUGCGGCCGCACAGAUAGUGCUGGUUUUGGCCUGUCCGGCCGGGUCGGACCGUGCUACACACGCUCUGCUCCGUUGUAAAUAGCGAUCGGUAAAGGCGCACUGUGCCCGGCGUGGGAGUGAAGCGAGCGUUAGCUCUGCAGACCUGCAGGGUGCGUGGUUGCGUGCUUGCUCGGAAAUCCACACACGCUCGCACGCUCGCACACUCGCACACUUGCACACUCGUACAUUCACACACGCUCGCGCAUGUACACUAAUAUUUUCUCAAGUUUCUGUAUUAAUAAACUCUUUACUGUU